AUGAAAAAACAUCUUAGAUUCUGCCUUCAGGUCAUUGUAUGGCUUUCAUUGGAGCAAGGGCUGAAAGAUGUGGCUGCAGGCAGAAGUCCAACACCUCCAAAAACCGGCUCAUCUGUCUUUGAUGCAAACCUGAUGUUUGAGUUUUUGCUGGGUGGGGUGGAGAUCGACCAUGACAACAUUGUUCUGCUGGACAAGGAGAUGGCAUCCAUGAGGACGGGGCGGGCUUUCCUGUCUCAGAUCAAUGACAACAUUCCCAGAAGUCCGAGCUCCAUGGAGCAGAUGGUGACAGCUCAUAAGAGUCAGAAUCGGCCGCUGACUCCAGAUCAGUUUGACGGUCUUGCCCUGAGCAUGGUGUACUCUGCCCAACAAGCCUGGCAUCAGGAUGGAGAAGAGCAUCAGAAGGCCUGGAGUGAAGUGCUCCUCCAGCUGGCAAAUGUUACGGUCCAUGAACUACGUGGAAGUUAUCUUUUCAGUUAUGCAUGAUACAA